AUGCCAAAAAAGAGAGCUUCCAACGGUAGAAACAAGAAGGGUAGAGGUCACGUCAAGCCAGUCAGAUGUGUCAACUGUUCCAAGUCCAUUCCAAAGGACAAGGCCAUCAAGAGAAUGGCUAUCAGAAACAUCGUUGAAGCUGCUGCUGUCAGAGAUUUGUCUGAAGCUUCCGUGUACCCUGAAUACGCUCUACCAAAGACCUACAACAAGUUACAUUACUGUGUCUCUUGUGCUAUUCACGCCAGAAUCGUCAGAGUUAGAUCUAGAGAAGACAGAAAAAACAGAGCUCCUCCACAAAGACCAAGAUUCAACAGGGAUAACAAGGUUUCUCCAGUUGCCGCUGCUAAGAAAGCUUUGUAA